GCACACCCGGGGUUGUGACGUACGUCCGGGUCUGAGUUUAUCCCCACAAUGUGCGCAUGGAAACAUUUGACAUUGCGGGACUUGCGACAAGAAGAAGAAUAUAGGUUUACAUUUGUUGUAAACGUUUGUUUACAAUAAAACCACCAUGGCGUCCUCCUGUGUGCAGCAAUGUCUGAGACACACACUUCGUCUUCCCCUCACGACCAGCACACAAGCUCGGCAUUUUUGCGCAGUCGCAAGGCGAGCCAUGAAGAUUGUGCCUGGCCCUGAAUGCACCACUGGGACUGGAACAAAACCUUUGUCUAGACACAUUUUGAAACAACACACACAGUCUUACAGCGAUUUGUCUGACAGACGUGAAGAAGACAGCGAGAGUUUGUCAAGAAGAGAUAUGUCACACAGCAUCCACUUAAUCCGAAUGAAGGAUGCUGGGACACCGCACGAACACCCCACUUCAUUAGAUCUUGAUGCUGCAGUUGGAUUGUAUGCGUUGGAGGAGAUCAGUGAUGAAGAGGCUGUCAGCCUCACACUGCCUCCUCCUAUCCCAGCUCUCUCCACCUCCCUUAGAGACUACGUAGACAACUCCGAGACCCUCACCAAGCUAGUGCAGCUCGGGGUCAACCUGUGGAAGCUGGAGCAAAGGCGCAGCGUCGGCUCCAUGCUGCUCAGGCUGGACUUCAACACAGACGUGGCCCCGAGGCUGCUCUUCCUCAAGGAGAUCGGCGUGGACGACUCUCGCCUGGGCCACAUCAUCACUUGCAACCCCUUCAUUCUCACAGAGGACGUGGAAAACCUCCAAACCAGGGUCAACUACCUCAAGUCAAAGAAGUUCACUGCUGAGGCUGUAGCGUCCAUGGUAUCCGGAGCUCCUUAUCUUCUCAACUUCAGCGUGAAGAGGCUGGACAACCGUCUGGGCUUCUAUCAGCAGCAGCUGGGCCUCAGUGCUUCCAACACUCGGAGCAUCGUCGCUCGUCUUCCGCGGUUGCUCUGUGGCAGUUUGGAGACGGUGAAAGAAAACCUGAAGGUGUGUGAGAUUGAGCUUGGCUUCAAGGCCAACGAGAUCCAACACAUGGUCCUGGUCGUCCCCAAACUUCUGACCGCCAACAAGAGGAAGUUAACUCAAAUAUUUGAUUUCCUCCACAACACCAUGAAGGUGCCGCACCAACUGAUCACCAAGUUCCCGCAGGUUCUCAAUUCCAAGUUCUUGCGAAUACAAGAGCGCCACCUGUUCCUGCAGUACCUGGGAAAAGCUCAGUACGACCCCGCUCAACCCAACUACAUUUCUCUCCACCGCUUGGUGUCGCUACCCGAUGAGACUUUUUGCAACCAGGUGGCAUUGGCCUCACGGAAAGAUUUUGCUUUGUUCCAGAAGACACUUUAAGGAUUCAUGGACGAGAAAGUGCACCUCAAAAUAAAUAUCUCCACUAAUUUACACCUUCAAUCAAACGAAUGAAUGUAAGUUUUGUCAAAUAGUCUCCAGUAAAUGUCAUAUCCUGGAUUUCCAGCAUGGAUAGUACCAAUAAAAAUAUGAUAAAA